GGCAGAGUUUAUGGUUAAGGCUGAAAGCGUGUAAGUUAAGAGAGCCGCUUUCAUCCUGCACUUAACCAGCGGCUUCGGUCAGCUUGCAGUUUGCCAGACCCCAGAGGGGAUGGGGCCUGCCCGAAGGGAAGACCACGAGGUGCCUGGACCGGCCUGUUCUUAGCAUUUCGUUAUGAAUCCAUGCGUAUCCACCGCGUGUUCUCUCCUCGGCCGCUCCCCUCCCCCCUAUUGUGGGAGGUGCUAAUGGAGUUAACCUUCUGUCUGGAGCACGUUGAGUCCCAGGCUCCCAAAGGGGGAGCAUGGCACAGCCCAGAGGAAAUGACCACUGCCCCGGUGAGGGUAAGGAACGUAGGAAUGUCCCAUCUUCAGGCCAGGUGCUCAUGGGCUUUCUUGGCUGUAGUGCAGAGAGCAGUGUGUGGGUGCCCAGGGGCGGACUGUGGUGCUUCACAUGUUGACGUGGAAGGUGAACGGGACUUCCCAGACUCCCCCCAUCUGCUUCCACUCAGGGCUGGCCACGGUGGUAAGAAUUUUCGAUGAGAAAGCAGCAGGAGGUGGUCCUGGCCAGGCGCUCGUGUCCAGAGCUCCUCCACUUGCCUGUGGUUUCUUCCUCUCCCGGUGGCCAGCGUGCUGCCAGCUACAGCCUGUGGCUUUAGGUGGCCUCUGCUCUCCUUACCUCACGUUCCGCUUUCCCCACCUGCCUGUCCUAGGCCUUAAGGCUCAGCAGAUGCAGCGGAAAGUCCAACCGAGAGACUCGUGUGUGGUCGAUCCAACGUGGGUGAUGGCCUGUGUUUGUAAGGCGCCCAAGCUGGCACCGUGGAAGAUGGGAGGAGGGUCCCAGGGCUGGACACCACCGUUCCGCCUUGCAGGGCGGAGGACCAAAGGCCUCGAGGUCCUUGGAGAGGGUCACACCCCUAGGGCAGAGGUUGGGGGGCAAAUGGGACUGUGGGCAGUCAGAACAAGCCCCUGCCAGGGCCGGGGUUCUGCAACCGCGGGAUGGAUGGCGGGAGACGCUCGUCGACGUCCGCCCGCAGUGUCCCUUGCAAGGAGCCUCGGGCCGCGAACACGCGUGGCGCCUGCAGGAAGAGGCCCAAAACCCGCCGGGACGCUAACGACGGAACCCCUCCCGGGCGUGGCCUGAAGCUUCGCAGCCCGGCAGUCAGGAGAACGGCGCCCCCGGCGGCCUCUGUCGCGGAAGGGGGCGGGGCCAGGGGCCCGAAGGCCGAGGGGACGAGUACGAACGCCCGCCCGGGAGCGCGCCAGCCGGAAGGGGAAGCGCGGCAAGGCGCCACUUCCGGGACGGGCGUGGCCGGGGCGUGGCCUGCGCGCUCGCCGCGCCCCCGGCAGCGUGCCCGAGGCCCCUUCCGCGUCCCUGUCCAUCUAUCCGACCAUCCGACCCCAUCGCGCGCGCGACCGCUGCAGCCAGGCCGGAUCCGAGCCACCGCAUCAUGGGCUGGGGAGCUGGCGGGAGCUGCACGCCGCGCCCACCCAUCCGCCAGCAGCCGGCGGAGACCCGCGUGAUCACUGUGAUCUUUCUCGGCCUCCUGCUGGACCUCCUGGCCUUCACUCUGCUGCUGCCCCUGCUGCCAGGGCUGCUCGAGAACCACAGCCGAGCCCAGGACCCCCUCUAUGGCUCAUGGCAGCAAGGGGUGGACUGGUUUGCUGCAGCCAUCGGGAUGCCAGCAGAGAAGAGGUACAACAGUGUCCUGUUCGGAGGUCUGAUUGGCUCCGUCUUCUCAGUCCUGCAGUUCCUCUCGGCACCGCUCACAGGGGCCACCUCUGACUGCCUGGGAAGGCGCCCCGUGAUGCUGCUGUCCUUGGCAGGCCUGGCCACCUCGUAUGCCGUGUGGGCUGCCUCGGAGAGCUUUGCGGCCUUCCUGGCCUCCAGGGUGAUCGGUGGCAUCAGCAAGGGGAACGUCAGCCUCUCCACGGCCAUUGUCGCCGACCUGGGCUCGCCACCUGCCCGCAGCCGAGGCAUGGCAGUCAUCGGAGUGGCCUUCUCGCUGGGCUUCACGCUGGGCCCCAUGCUGGGCGCCUCCCUGCCCGUGCGGACGGCGCCGUGGCUCGCUCUGCUCUUCGCAGUGUCUGACCUGCUGUUCCUCUUCUGCUUCCUGCCAGAGACGCUGCCCCCAGAGAAGCGGGCGCCAUCUAUCAGCCUGGGAUUCCGAGCUGCUGCUGACCUGCUCAGCCCCCUGGCACUGCUCCGCUUCUCGGCCGUGGCUCAUGGCCAGGACCCACCCACUGGAGACAGGCUCAGACACCUGCGCCGCCUGGGCCUCGUCUACUUCCUCUACCUCUUCCUGUUCUCGGGCCUGGAGUUCACACUGACAGCCCCCACGAGGACCUGGCUGCGGCACUAACCCCCCGCCCGCCCCAGUCUGCAGCAGGGGAAGAUGUUCUUCUUCAUCGGUCUUGCCAUGGCCACCAUCCAGGGCACCUACACCCGGCGCAUCAGCCCUGGCAGGGAAAUCGUGGCUGUGAAGCAGGCCAUCCUGCUGCUGGUCCCCGCCUUCCUCCUCAUCGGCUGGGGGUUCACGCUGCCCACGCUGGGCCUGGGGCUGCUGCUCUACUCCUUCGCCGCUGCUGUCGUGGUGCCCUGCCUGUCUUCCGUGGUCGCUGGCUAUGGCUCGCCUGGGCAGAAGGGCACGGUCAUGGGCACGCUGCGGAGCCUGGGCGCCCUGGCCAGGGCGCUGGGGCCCAUGGUGGCCGCCUCAGCGUACUGGCUGGCGGGCGCGCCGGCCUGCUUCACCGUGAGCGCGGGGCUCUUCCUGCUCCCCUUCCUUCUCCUGCGGAGCCUGACGGCCCCAGCACCGACGCUCAAGGCCGAGUAGCUGAGCUGGCCCGGCCCCAGACUGGGGGCUCCAAGACAGGAAAGGGGGGGCUCAGCCAGGACCCCUCCGUGCCCCUGGGCCCAGCCCCGGGGGCCACGACACUCCUCCGCCUCGUCCGUCCAGUGGGACCCGGGCAGCCCUGCCCACCGAGCGCACAGCAGGGUCAGCUGCCUCCACGACCUUCCAGGCUUUCGGUUUGCUUGUUUACUCAGCGACACAGAGUGUCAGCCUGGUGUCCUGAUGACAAAAUAAAACAACUAUUUUAUACUAA